CCCGCCUUAAUUCGAUGCCGCAGCUGUGUGUGUUGGAGCAUGCAGAGCCUUAAAAGAGUUGAGUGUUUUUUUCAAUUAGAAAGUGCAAUCAGCAGCAGAAACUGACCAACAAUGCAACGCGCAAUAAGGGCCAAUUAAGUGCCACUGCUAAUCAAUAAACACAAUCAACAAUUGCCUUAAACAAAGACACUCUUGCGAAAUAAGCAAGAACUUAUUGUUUUGUUUUUUUUUUUUCUAUUGGAGAUCUUGUUUUUGUGUCGCCAUUUGUUUUACACUUGCAAUUUUUUGUAUUGUGUAUCUGUGUGCGUGUGUGUGUGUAAGAUGUUCAUACAGGAUCUGAAGAAUGACUUUUAUCGACAACUGAUUGGCAAACGCAUCCUCAUCAUUGUCAACUAUGAUGUGGAUGCGAUUUGUGCCAGCAAAAUAUUGCAAUCCCUCUUCAAAUAUGAUCACAUGCUCUACACUGUAGUGCCCAUCAUGGGCCUAACGGGACUGCGGCGUGCAUACAACGAGCAUCAGGGUGAUGUAAAAUACGUUCUCCUCGUCAACUGUGGCGGCUGUGUGGACAUCGUGGAGCUACUGCAGCCCGCUGAAGAUGUCACCUUCUACAUCUGCGACUCGCAUCGUCCCUUCGAUGUGUGUAAUGUGUACAGCGAUCGUCAGGUUUGCCUGCUGGGAGAUCCAGCGCUGGAGGAGAACAUUCCUGCUUUUGAGAGCAUCUUCUAUGAUUCGGAUGGCGAAGACGAUGAUGACGAGGACGAUGACGGCGAUGAGCACGAAGACAGCGGUGCUGGCGAAUCGGAUGGCGAUGCUGAUGGUGGCAAUGCUGUGGAACGGCGACGUGCGCCCAAGCUGAGUCGUCUGGAGCGGCACGAGCAGCGAAUAAUGCGACAGCGGGCACGACGUCAAUGGGAACUAGAGCGGGAUCGCAUCAUGUUCGAUUACACACAAUUUAGCUACUAUGGUCGAUCGACGGCAUUACUGAUCUUUGAGCUGGCUUGGAAGCUGUCCAAAGACAAUAUGGAUCUGCUGUGGUGGGCCAUAGUGGGUAUCAGUGAGCAAUUGUUGCUGGGCAAGAUUGAGAGUGGUGCUUACACGCUGGAGCUAGAGCACAUACAGUCGCAUGUGUCGCGUCUGACCAAUAAGACAAACGAUCAAAACACAAUGAGCGCGUCAAAGAUUACCUUUGAAAACGAUCUGCAUUUGGUGCUCUAUCGUCACUGGACAGUCACCGAGUCCAUGCGCUAUUCACGGUAUUCCGCCUGCCAGCUUAAAUUGUGGACGUUGCGUGGCGAAAAGCGACUGCAUGAGCUGCUUGUGGAGAUGGGAUUACCUCUCGUCCAUGCCCGUCAAACUUACAGUGCCAUGGAUUUGGUGCUGCGCAAAGAGUUCUAUACCAUGGUGGAGCAGCUGGCCGAGAAAUAUGCCAUCCCAGACAUUGUCUAUGGCACAUUUACGCUCAGCUAUGGUUAUCGCAGUCGAUAUGCGGCCGCCGAUUAUGUGUAUGCUCUGCUGGCGAUACUGCAAUCGAUUAAGAAGCACAAGACACCCGAGGAUUGCUUCAUGGAGGCCUCGGAUGCAUUGACGCGCCAACACAAACAGCUACUCAAUGCUGGCAUUGAUAAUGCCAAGCUCUUACAUGCGGCUAUCUUUCGGCAGGUGCAGAGCUGCUUGGAGGCGCAUCAAGUGCAUUCGACCGGAUCGUUUUUCUACUAUGUGCUGCAGGAGGAGCACGCCUUCUUCUCCUAUCCAUAUGCGCUGGCAUUGCUGGCCAAGUUUGUGCUGCACGGUCAUGUGGCUACGACGCGAGCACGACAAGCGCCGGAUUUGCCAUUGAUUGCCACCUGUCCACUGGAUGCGGCGCAGGGCAUGUGCCUGCUUGUGGGGAUUGCGCCUGUGCGCGAGGAUUCGCCCAAGAACUUCUUUGGCAAGGCAUUCGAUCAGGCGGCGCAGAAGAGCAAGACUAGUUUGCUGCAGGAUUUCUUUGAGCCGUCCAUUGUGCAGUUGCGGCAGAGCGAUUUAACUCGAUUUCUAGAUGCGUUGACCGUGCUCUUGACUUGAAAUCUUUCAACUCUAACAUAGACCUAUUAAACUCUAGACUUGUAAGACAAUCUAAUUAUCCAAAUCCGACUAAUCUAACUAAUUUAACAUUAAUCUAAUUUAUGAACGACAAAUUGUUUUUAUUAUCAUAGUCUACAUAUAUUUUUUUUUUAUUUAGAACUAUUGCAAAUAGGAUAGAUGCACUUAUGCAACAAGAACAUUUAAUCUAAGCAAAUCCGAAUGAUAUUUGUGUAAAACGGACAUUUAACAAAACAAAAAUACAAUUAUAUCAACAAUAUACUAUUUAGAUUGUGCUUAAGAAAUGAAAAUACAUAUAUAGCAUUAGUUUGUAAGUGGUGCGCUGCAUUUGUAUUGAAAUUGUGUGAAAAGCGGACUUUAAAUAUAGUACAACGUGUGUUUAUCCUAAAGAAAUUGUAUUUU